AUGGCUAGCUUAUCGGUCAUCGUACUGGCCUUUCAACUUUUGCGACAGCAACACCACGCCCCUGGAAGGCCCUUGCUGCAUCAACCUGUUGCAACAGCCGUUUUUGAGCCUAUUGGUCAAUUUCUCAAUGUCACGACGCUUUGCCUUUUUAUCGCCGCUCGUGAGACGCAUCACCAGGCGACCAAUGCCCUACUUCUCGGCUAUGUUUGCCUUCUUCAGCUGGCGCGCACCAUUGGCCCGGAGCGCAAUCGGCAGGCUCUCCGUGGUCAUAUCGACGCCAUGUUAGUCGGCACGUUUGGCUUCAUACUGGUGAUGGAGGGGUUAUCCCUAGCAUUGAUUGGCAGCGGCUAUUCAGUGACGCCUCCAACAAUGCGCGCAGCAGCUUCUCUUCUCUGCUCAGUUUGUGUAGCUGUCGUCGCGCCUCAUGAAUGGCUUGCGCCGGUUGACGCCUCCCUUGGCGAUUUGCCCGAGCCCACGUUUGAGGAGACCUGCAGUUGGGUAGACUACUUGUUUACAUAUGCUCGGGCUAGCAGUCUUGUUCGCGGGGGAGACGGCGAAAUCACUCUUGAUCGGUUGGACAAGCUUCCUUCGGCAUAUAAUCCCGAACUUUGGCGACGCAGGUUUUCUGAAACUCGCAAGACACAUUCUACGAUGACCCGCGCUCUGGUAUCGCUGCUCUGGGCACAGCUUCUCCUAUGCACCACGCUCGGCGUGCUUUUUGCAGCCGCCCAGCUUGUGAGCCCGAUGGGCCUCUAUUGUCUUCUGGAUUACAUGCAGCACCCCGACGAAGCAAUCUUUCAGCCACGGCUGUGGCUUCUGGUCAUUUGUGGCGGCCGCAUCACACAGACCGCAUUCCAGCAAGCCUACAGCUCCCACUCUCGUAAACUCGCGGCGCAAGUCAACGCAAUGUUGACGGCAGAAGUGUUUCACAGCGCCCUUGCAUCGCGCGAGCUUCAUGGCAACUUUUUAAGCUCUGGUGAGACCGCGGACGGCCAAGAAUUGCAAAGCACCGCUUCUGGUAUACUUGAAAACUUAAUCUCCAGCGACAUUCAAAGCAUCACUGGGCUGCAAGAUGUUCUGUUUUGUGUCACGGCUAUCCCUGCUGCCGCGACCGCGGCUUUUGGUCUAUAUCAGCUUGUUGGUUGGCCUUGCCUUGUGGGCAUUGCCCUCGCGCUAUCCGGGUCUCCAUUCGAGACCUGGCUCAUGAGCUAUGUUGAACACCAUGAAGAACAGCUCAAAACGGCCCAAGAUUUACGCAUCUCUCUAGUAUCCGAAUACCUUAGGUCUAUCAAGAUCAUCAAGUAUUUUGGCUGGGAGGAAUCUGCCGCGAAAAACAUUGCACAGGCCCGAACGACGGAACAGAAGCAUAUCCAUGCAAUUGACAUCUUUAGCAUAGGCUUAUCGCUCAUAGCCAACUUCUUCCCCAUUCUGUCACUCGUAUCCAUUCUUGCUCUCCAUGUCGGUAUCAGAAAACUGCCACUCACAGCAUCUACCGCAUACACGACGAUACAAUUGCUGCAAAUUGUCAGUAACUGCUUGGUCUUUCUGGCGCUAGUGAGGGUUGAAUUCUCUAGAGCAAUGGUGUCUCUCCGCCGCUUUGAUAGGUUCUUCAAGAGUCUGACGCCACUCGAUACCUACACUGAAGGUGAUGUCGAAAUUCGUGAUGGAACAUUUCAGCGAGCUAAGGGUACUGAAUUCCACCUCCGUGACAUCAACAUCAAAUUUUUCCAGAAUGGAUUAAAUGUUGUGACUGGCACUAGUGGUAGUGGCAAGACUUCACUGCUCCUGGCACUGCUUGGGGAAACUCAUAAGAAGAGCGGGAGCGUCGUUCGCCAAAAGGAUGCUGCAUAUUCGUCUCAGACGCCAUGGCUACAAGCCGGCACAAUCCAAGAGAAUAUUCUCUUCUACAACGCCUAUGAUGAAAAACGCUAUGGAAAGGUCGUUGAUGCUUGCUGCUUGACAGUUGACUUUGAAGAAAUGGAGCAUGGAGAUCAAACAGUGAUUGGGAGUGGCACUGUUGCUUUGUCAGGUGGACAACAAGCACGAGUGGCUCUUGCGAGAGCUCUGUAUUCCAGCGCGUCGCUACUUCUUCUCGACGACAUAUUUUCCGCGUUAGACACUAGAACCUCUCUCGAGCUCUGGAAUGGUGUAUUUUGCUCAGAUCUGUUGCAGAAAAGAACUGUCAUACUUGUUACUCAGAACACCUGGAUUGCUGAUGAGGCCAAUGUUGUCAUUGUCAUGGAUAAUGGCCGGGUGCAGUCAGUGUCCAGAAGGGAGGGACAUGUGCGCAAAGCAAAGCCUAUUCAAAAAAUUGCUGUCUCCGGAGAGCUGCCAGCCGAGCCGCGCACCUACGUCCCCGCCGACGAGAAUACGCACAAUGAAGAAAGCGAAGCUGUGGUGGCUGACCAGGAAAGACCAGUCACAGGCAGUGUCAGUUCACUCUUAGGCUCGCUCAUAGCCACUCUGACAGUGGCAACCUGCUUCCUUCACACGGGCGCUGGCAUUUACACCAACUACUGGCUGUCGCGCUGGGUUGGACGCGCCGAUGGCAGUGAAAGUAGCAUUUUGUACUACUUGAUGGUGUAUAUUGGCCUCAGCUACCUGACUGAGGCUAUCGAUGGCAUUCGAAUGAUGGCUUUCAGUAGGGGUAUCAUGGUAGCUGCCGGCAGGCUGCAUGUCGACGUGAUCAAUGCUGUUAUGGCUGCACCGUUAUCAUGGUUCACUGAACAGGCCAUAUCAGAGACGCUCAACAGUUUGUCAGGAGACAUAUCCUGUCUUGAUCAGUCGAUCUACAACUCCAUUGUCUCGGUCAUCAGCAACAUCAUCCAAUCUAUACUAAUGAUAGGGACUAUUGCAUCAAAUAUCCCUGUUUUUCCAUUACCGGCUAUUGCUUUGCUAACUAUUGGCUGCUUCAUUGCGCGUAUGUAUGAGGGCGCCAGCCACCAUCUCACAGAUAUGGUGUCUUCGAGUCGAUCACCUAUCCUUUCAAAUUUUUCCGAAGGGCUUACUGGAUCUAUCGUUAUUCGUGCGGCAUCAUCUGGCCCACUCAUUUUCCAUGCCAAAAUGAACCGCUUGCUCUGCGCAUCGUCCCGGGCACAGCAUGCUCUGUCAAACGCCAGUCAAUGGCAGAAAUUUAGGAUGAGCGUUUUAGCUACGGCAAUUAACAUCCUGGCAGCAUCGCUUGCCCUGUCCCAGAGAGGCGCUUUUUCAGCAGGCCUUGCCGGCUUUGGCUUGUCGCAGGCGACCCAGCUCAGCGACAAGGUCUUAGCGACGAUCUUUAGUUUUACCAGUCUGAGCCUUGACAUGCAAAUUUUCCAACGCGUUCGAGGGUAUACUAAACUGGCGCGAGAAGAAGAUUGCACCACCGACAGCAGCAAGCGUCUGCCAGCGAGCUGGCCAAGAACUGGCUCUGUAGAAUUGCAAAACGUUACUGUCAGAUACAACCCCACCGGACAUGAUAUUCUGAAGAAUAUUUCUUUGAGAAUUGAGCCUGGCGAGCGUAUUGCCAUUGUUGGCAGAACCGGCAGCGGGAAGAGCACGCUAAUUUUGUCUCUUCUUGGGUUUACACACAUUGAAUCUGGCAAGAUCUUCUACGAUGGAAUAGAUCUCAAAUCGAUUCCGCGUAGACGUCUCCGGCAAUCUAUUUCUACGAUCCCACAAGAGCCGCAGCUAUUUCAGGGAACAAUUGCUUCAAACCUAGAUCCUUCCGGCACAAUUCCGGAAUCAGAACUUCAAAACGCCUUGAGAAUUUGCCAAUCCUUGCUACAAGCUACAGAUCAGCUGGAAAAGUCGAAGAUAGCCAGCGCUGAUUCCUCAGUAAACAGCGCGUUUACAGAAAGGCUCAGUCUGUCAACCAUAGUCAAGAGCAAGGGAGAAAACUUCUCCCAUGGUCAACGACAGGUUCUGUCGUUGUGUCGCGUCCUGAUCCGGCACUCCAAGCUCGUCCUUUUAGACGAGGCAACGUGGAGCAUGGAUGCUGGUACCGACGCCGGUGUGCAGCAAGCGCUCCGUCAAGAGCUCUUACGUGCAGGCGGUGAGAAGAGGGCACUGGUUACGGUUGCUCACCGGCUGCAGACAAUCAUGGAUUAUGACAGAGUGGUGGUCAUGGGCUCAGGCACCAUACUGGAGGUGGGCAGCCCGAAACAUCUGUUGGCCAAGAAGGGCGUGUUUUAUGACAUGGUAAAACACAGUGAAGAGAAACAUACUUUGAGUGACUAG